GACAGGAAAUUCCGCUGUUUUCCCGAGCUGUUUCUGUGCUGAAUAUUUAAAUAAAAUAGUUAUUUUUCCUCGUCAGAGACCAUGAUGAGCUACUCCGACUACGACUCUGAUGACUACUCCUCCGACCAGGACAAGGACUACGUCCCCUCCGAUGAUAACCUCAGCGAGGACGACAUUAAUCAGUGUGAAAAGGAAGACCCUAUUAACGAGGAUGACGAUGUUCCACAUGCAGACAACGCCAAGAAGAAGAAGAGGAAGGAUGUCAGAAACAGGAAGAUGGGAGCACAGAGGUUAAAGAAGAUGAAGGUGGAGGAGGAGGAGGGUGAAGCUAAAGAGACCCAAGGAAACAACGGAGAGGACGACACCAAACAGAAGAAAAAGUCUGACGAUCUGUGGGCCAGUUUCUUAUCAGAUGUUGGAUCUCGGCCUAAAGACUCCCAGUCGGCUCCAACAGCAAAGGCAGAGUCGGAGCAGAAGGUUCCUGCUGCGAGUGGAGAAACAGAACCAUCAGGACCUGCUAUGGUCACCAUCACCAAGGUGUUUGACUUCGCUGGAGAGGAAGUCAGGGUGAGUAAAGAGGUGUCGGCGGACUCCAAAGAAGCCAAGAGCUUUCUGAAGAGCCAGAACACAGAGGAGGAGGAGGAGGAAAACGGGAGCAAAGAGAGGAGCCCAGCGCCCAGCCAACCGCCUCUUCCUGGUCCCAGCGCGAAGCGUCCGGCAGGCAUCUCAAACAUCAUGAAUCGUUUCGGAGGAAAGAAGCAGAAGAUGAGCACGCUGGAGAAGUCAAAGAUGGACUGGGACGCUUUUAAGUCUGAGGAGGGAAUCACGGAGGAGCUGGCCAUCCACAACAGAGGCAAAGAGGGAUACGUGGAGCGCAAGAACUUCCUGGACCGUGUUGACCAUCGACGAUUUGAACUGGAAAAAGCUGUUCGACUGAGCAACAUGAAGCAAUGAGACACUCGCACACAUUUUCUCACACACACACCUACACCUACACACACACACACCUACAUACAUACACUCUCCCCCCAGUGCAGAUGGUCCUGGUUGAGGGCGUGGGUGGAGUCAAACCUCCGCGGCAGCUACAUUUACAUCCACAUCUCCUCUGCUGCGAGUCUCAGACACGAGGAUGUUCCUCUUGUCUCGGGUCCAGGACACGCUCGGGUCCCGGCGUUCUUCACCUCCAUGGGGUUCCCACUCGUCUGCAGCCUCCACAGCAGCGGAGUUCAGGUGUCCUGGAGGACGAAACUGCGACGCUGAAGGAUCACCCGUCUUCGUGGUAGAAGCUCAUGUGACUGUGUUUGUGAGGGGACACCUGCGAUAAUCGCUCCAUUAAUGCUUUGUUUUCUGGCGUGUGGAGACAUACGAGCACCCUGAUUUUGAUCGAACAGCUCUGAACCUUUUAAAAUAUGAUCGGAGCCGUUUGUGGUCCGACGUGUGCAGUUAAGUCUCAGCGGAAGCGUUGAAGCUUCGUCAGUGGUAAUGGAUCAUGAAUUUGUGGUUGUGGAGCAACUCGCGCUGCAGAAAUUCAGGUGUACAGGUGAACAUUGGAGAUGGGCAUCACUCUGGAGGUGUGCCUGGGGGGGCUGUGGCUGUCAGGUCCACGAGGCAACCAGAACUUCCUGGUUCUGAACAGGAUGGAGAUGUAAGUGCACGUUGAGUCGUGACGCUGUUCAGUUGGUUCAUGUAAAUAUUAAACAUCCAAGUCCAAACAACA